AAAUCAAACCUGUGGGUAGUGAAUACUGAAUAGUGAUGUUUUAUUAGUUUUGUAUAGUGGCUAGUGAAUAUACCUACAAAUUAUAAAUUUUAAUAGUAUAGACUAUAGUUCCAUUACGAAUACUCGAUUUUUUUCGUUACAUAAAUUAAAUCUAGAAAUAUGUCUGGACGGGAAGGAGGUAAAAAGAAGCCUUUGAAGAAUCCUAAGAAAGAAUCUAAGGAGUUAGAUGAAGAUGAUAUAAGAAAUAGAGAAAAGAUUAAGGAACAAGAGAAAGCUUUAAAAGAAUUAAAAGCAAAAGCUAGUCAAAAAGGACCUUUAGCUGGUGGAGGAAUUAAAAAAUCUGGCAAAAAAUAAUUUAUUAAACUUUAAUAUUUAUUGUUUUAUUGAAAAUAUCCUUAUAAUAUGUAAAAUUAACAAAUGUAUAACUAAAUAUUAAGUUCUUAACUUACAAAUAAAUGGUAUAUAAUUUUUUUCAGGAAUAACAAUUUUGUAAUGAUCUCUAUUAAAUCUAAAAUUUUACCUGUUAGAAA